AUACAUAUAAAAAAGAAGUAGAACCAAGCUAUAUGGGAAAAUGUGACUUCGUGUAAUAUAACCUCUUUAUUUUACACUCUGUGUUGAUCAUAUCAUUGUAUGUUUAUUUUUAUUAAUUUUGAUCCUGUACAAUUUUUUUAAGCUUAGUGUUUUUUAGAACAACAAAAGAUGUCAUUUAGAGGAAAUAAUAAAUUUGGAAAUAGGGAUCGUGGAGGAUCUAGAGGAGGGGGCGGACGCGGAGGUUUUGGUGGAGGUGGUCGUGGAGGCGGUCGUGGUGGAGGUCGAGGAGGAUUUGGCGGAGGAAGAAAUUUUGAUCAAGGUCCACCUGAGCAAGUUAUACCAUUGGGAUACUUUGAAAAAUCAGUUCAAGAUGAUUUAGUGUGCAAGGUUGAAAUUGAAGAUGUACCUUACUUUAAUGCUCCUAUCUAUUUAGAAAAUAAAAAUCAAAUUGGAAAAAUUGAUGAAAUAUUUGGAAACAUAAGAAAUUACUGGGUCAGCAUAAGAUUGGGUGAAGAUGUAAAAGCUAGUAGCUUCAAUCAAAAUCAAAAGCUGUUCAUAGAUCCAUCAAAACUACUGCCACUUCAAAGGUUUUUGCCUGGUGCAUCAAGUGGUAAUAAAAAACGCGGCGGCGGUGGUGGUCGUGGUGGCGGACGAGGAGGUAGAGGAAGUUUUGGUAAUAGGGGAAGAGGCGGUUUUGGAGGUGGUGAUAGAAGAGGAGGAGGAGGAGGAGGAGGUGACAGAAGUUUUGGUGGUGGAUUUAAAAGAAAUAGUGGUGGAGGUAAUUUUAAUAGAAACUCUGGAGGAUUUGGAAGAGGCGGGGGCGGAGGAGGAGGCAAAAGAUGGUAAUAUUUGUGAAGGAAAUAAACAUCGAGAAGGCGUUGAAGAACAGAUAGUUCUUGUACACUUUUUUUUAAUAAAUAAAAGAAAUAAAAUAGUUUUAA